AUGGCCGAAGACACCAGCAACGGCACCAGUACAAACAGCAGCAUCACAGUAGCCGAUGCGAACACCGAACGCACGCGGACGCAGCGGUCAAGCAAACGGGCAAACAUUGCUGCUGAAAUACUAGAAACUGAACGCACGUAUGUUGACGGUCUUGGACUCAUUGAAAAGCUGUACAUCACUCCGCUUUUGCUGUCAGCGCAGCAGCCAACGGCUAUUCUGUCGCGCAAGGAGGUGCGGCAGUUGUUUGCCAACUUUCCUGAUAUUAUCAUGCUCAGCCGCGAGCUAUUGUACCAGCUCGAGUCCCGGUUGGGGCCAAAUGCAAGCCCGCCGUGGGACGCAGAUACCGGGCGCGUGGGCGACAUAUUCCUGCGCAUCGCGCCGUUCCUCAAGAUGUACUCUCUGUACUUGCGCAAUUUCCGCAGCGCCCUCGCGGAUAUCAGUCGCUGGCUGAGCUCGAACCACGAGUUUGCACAGUUCAUUCAGCAGGCAAAUUCAAACCCCGAGUGCAAGAGCCUGGCUUUCCAGAGCUACCUGCUGCUCCCCGUUCAGCGCAUCCCGCGGUACAAGAUGCUGCUUGAGGACCUGCUCAAGCACACGCCGGAGACACAUGUUGACCACCAAAACAUCGGCGACGCGCUGCGCACAAUCGAAGAUGUCGCGACGUUUGUCAACGAGAACAUCCAGGAGCACGAGAUGACACUGAGCAUAAUUGAGAUCCAGCGCAUGCUCGGUCUGAAGGAGUCGCUGCUGGUCCCCGGCCGGCGGCUGAUCAAGACAGGGACACUGAGCAAGAUCUGCCGCAAGAACCACCAGCUGCGGAAUUUCUACCUGUUCAGCGACAUCUUGCUGUACUCGAGCAGCCCCGCGCCGCUAAGCGACGACCAAUCCGGCCACCGGCGCGUUCCGCUGGAGGACUGCAAGGUUAUGGACGUUCCCGACGCGCCGGACUGCCGAAACCAGUUUACAAUCAUCAGCCGCGAGAAAUCGUUCAUCGUGUACACGAGCUCGGCAUCCGAGAAGCUGGCGUGGAUGCAGGCGCUCAUGCGGGCAAUCACUGAGCGGCGUGAGGCGCGCGACACGCUGCAGAUGGACAGCUCCCUGAAGCGGCGCAUUGCACGGGCGCGGCGGAGCACAAUGAUGCAGUUCCCACGCGUGGCCGAGAACUUUGACGCGCCAGUAUGGGACCCCGAUGAGAGUGCCGAGCGGUGCUACAUCUGCUUCCGCGACUUCUCGCUCUUUGUGCGCAAGCAUCACUGUCGCGCCUGUGGUAAGAUUGUGUGCAACGGGUGCUCGCGCAAGAACAUUGUGUUUGUUGCCCAGGAGUCGACCGAGGCCAAGGAGGGCCGCGGCUGCGACCAGUGCAUC